UCCCCUCCGUCAAAGAGGCUAAAAGGUCCACCAGACACUUUGUCUAUCCCCUUCUCUACUUGAGAAACACCCCUUUAGCAUUGAUGCACACCUCCUCUUGACAGCUCAUCCCACUUGAGACCUCCACCCUUACUCCCACAUUUCAUCACACCUAUGUCUUUGCAACAGGCAGACAGAGGUGGCAAGCCAACACAGCUAAGUUGACUUUUGUUUUUGUUGAUUUGUCUAUUGACAUUCUAAAAUCCUGUUUCAUCUCAGAACAGGCUCCGAUUUUAUUUUUUUGGUCAGCCAUACAGCUGACGUACAGGAGGAGAUCCUUCAUUUUGUUAUUUUGGCACUAAAAGAGGACCUUUAAAGGUAUAAAUUCUCAUCCUAAUUUGAUCUUUGCGAUAUUUUUUCUUCUUGUGGAGAACAUUUGGUGAACAGUCAUCAUGUGGGAGUUUCGUUCCAUGAAUUUUUGGCGGGCGGUCUUCGCAGAGUUCUUCGGGACCAUGUUUUUUGUAUUUUUCGGCAUGGGUGCUGCCCUGCGUUGGACCACCGGGCCUCAUCAUGUCCUUCAUGUGGCCCUGUGCUUUGGGCUAGCAGCUGCCACCCUCAUCCAGUCCAUUGGACACAUCAGUGGGGGACACAUUAACCCCGCUGUCACCUUUGCUUACCUUGUCGGCUCACAGAUGUCUCUUUUCCGCGCCAUUUUCUACAUGGCUGCACAGUGCCUGGGUGCAGUGGCUGGGGCUGCUGUGCUGUAUGGGGUCACACCUGGAAACAUGAGGGGCAACAUGGCAAUGAACACGCUGCAGCCUGGCAUCAGUCUGGGAAUGGCCACCACUGUGGAGGUUUUCCUCACCAUGCAGCUGGUGGUUUGCAUCUUCGCUGUGACCGACGAGAGGAGAAAUGGACGCUUGGGGUCUGCUGCCCUUUCCAUUGGCUUCUCCGUCACCAUUGGCCAUCUUAUGGGGAUGUACUACACCGGCGCUGGGAUGAACCCUGCAAGGUCCUUUGCCCCUGCUGUGCUCUUCAGGAACUUCUUAAACCACUGGGUGUACUGGGUUGGGCCCAUGAUAGGAGGUGCAAUGGGUGCCCUCUUGUAUGAUUUCAUGCUGUUCCCGCGCAUGAGGGGUCUCUCAGAGCGCCUCGCCACACUGAAGGGCAGCCGGCCCCCAGAGAGCGAGACCCAGCAGGACACCCGUGGGGAGCCCAUCGAGCUCAAGACACAAGCCCUAUAAACCUGCCCCUGCUCCCCUUCUCCGACUGGGGCCCAGGGAUGAGGGACAGGGCCCUGAGCUAUGCCAGUCCUACCUCCACCGCCCCCCCAUGCCUUCACACAUCAUUGCACAAGACUAACCCAAACACUCGCAUGUAAACCAACACAUAAGAAUUUUGCAAUGUAAAACCCGACACACAAACAGAUUCAAAACCUCCAAACUGAACAGACAACAAGGCUCCUCUACCUCCAAAAGUCUUCACUCUGUAUUCUGAACUGGACAUUGUAGUUUUUUUUUCUCUUUUAUAUAUAUAUAUAUAUAUAUUUAUAUAUAUAUAUAUAUAUAUAAAUAUAUAAAUGGUGACCAGAACCAUAACCAGCAGCCGCCUUGUCUGCCAAAACCCACCUCCUUCCUCCUCCCAGCAAAGCCUUCAUCAGGAUCCUGAAAUAGAGCAGAGAGGUUUGGGGAGACAGGUGUUGGAAGUGUGGGAGCAGGAUUACAGUUAUUAUUAAGGGAUGUGGGUAUGAUAUGAAAAGAGUAAGAGGGCAUGGGGCAAGUGAGGGUGGAGAAGAAGUGUGGGGGUUGGGAUUUGGGUAAGCUAGAAGGGGCAACACUGGGUUUGUGGUCGUUUCAAGUUGGGUUAGACCAGUGAAGAUGGGCAUGAUUUACAUUAUUCAUCUGAUUUAUCUCCAUUUUAGUUUUGUUUUCUGCACUUCAGACACAAGACGUGGAUGUAUGAUACGAUUAGAUUUUUCCAGGGUUUCAAUAUUUUCAACCACUACAUUUUAUCUGUGGGUUUAUGUUUGUGUGUGAGUGUGUGUGGACACUUCUGCAGUUCAUAUGUGUGAGAGUGAGCGUGUGCAUGUGUGCGCCUGCCUGUGCGUAUGAGCUUGUUUGCAAGUGAGUGUGUAUAUGUGUGUAUGUGUGUGAUCAAGAUUGCAGAUACAGUACUUUUUAUUUCAGUUUAUUUUCAUUACCGCUCUCCUGUUAUGUACUAUUAACUUCGUUAAUGAUGUCAGCAGUUUUAAAGACAUGAUCAAAUCUCUUCCCCUCACUGUGGUAUUCGCUAUGAUUUCAUUUUUACAUAAAACAUCUGCUUCUUUGUGACGAACCAGCGCAACCAAAAAGAAAAUGUUGUAUCCCAGACUUUGAUAGUAGUUCUGUUCAUUGCAGACCAGCUGUGCAAGCUUUACAUUGAGUCUCCUUUUAUUUUUUGAUCCUUAUUGGGAGCACAAAGUGUUUCAAAACCUUUCAAUGAAAAUAAACAUAAAAACUUG